CUCAGGUCCAGCCAGCCUCCCACAGCAUCUCUGAGUCUCUGUGCCCAACAGCGCUCCAGCUUCAGUCAUGGCGCCAAAGAAGGCCAAGCGGAGAGCGGAGGGGGCCAACUCCAACGUCUUCUCCAUGUUCGAGCAGGCCCAGAUCCAGGAGUUCAAAGAGGCGUUCACCAUCAUGGACCAGAACAGAGAUGGCUUCAUCGAUCAGAAUGACCUCAGGGACACAUUCGCAGCACUCGGCCGUCUGAACGUGAAGCAGGAGGAGAUCGACGCCAUGCUCAAGGAGGCGCCGGGGCCCAUCAACUUCACCGUCUUCCUCACCAUGUUUGGAGAGAAACUCAAGGGUGCUGAUGCUGAAGAAACCAUCUUAAAUGCCUUUAAAGUCUUUGACCCGGAGGGAAAGGGCACACUGAAGAAGGACUUUGUUUCCGAGAUGCUGACCACCCAGGCGGACAGGUUCUCUCCAGAAGAGAUGGAGCAGAUGUUUGCUGCCUUCCCUCCUGAUGUGGCGGGAAACCUGGACUACAAGAACCUGGUCUACAUCAUCACACACGGUGAAGAGAAGGAUUAGGAGUAAACACCUUCUCAUCGAUCAUCUCUCAUCUCACACCUCAGUCUCACUGAGCCUCCCGACUCUCAUUCUCUCUCUCUGAUGAGAACAAACAGAGAGGAACACGCUUCUCUGGCAUUAAACACAGAAUACACGACUCCUGAUCACAAUGACCUUUCUAAACCUUUAAUGUGUUAUUUUACAAAUUCAAUAAAUUGAGCCAGAAUCAAACAAAUCUUUGUUUUUGUUGUUAUUAUUUGUUAUGUUUUAUCUAUUCUUCUCUGGAAUUAUUAAGUCGAUUCCCCAGAGGAUGA